AUGGUCAAGAACGAAUCCCAAACGAUCAAGUACAGGCAUCCCUUUGCUGCAGUGACAAGCUCGCUGUGGUCCAAGUACGAUGCACACAAGUAUGUGAAGGAGGUUGAAGUGCUGGAGCGAUACCUUGAUGAUGCGGGGAGGCUGCACAGCAAGCGGCUGCUCACUAUGCGCGGGAGCCUUCCUGCGAUCUUUCAACCCUUCGUUCCCGUUCGCUCUGUUUACAUGCUCGAGACUGUUGUGGUCGAUGCCGAGAAGCAAAUCAUGACGGUCGAAACAUCAAAUCUCAACUGCAGGUCUGUCUUGCAAGCUUGCAGCAAAUCGAGGUACACACCAGACUCAUCAAGUCCUGACGACACCACCAAGUAUGAGAUUGCGAUCUUGGUGAAUGCCUUCCCGAAGACCAAGGAGCACGAGGCUUCGCAGACCUCGCCUAGCGAAGGGAAGUCAGAAUGGAGGUUUGAGGUGGUGGGUGGCGCGGGAGCAGAAUCAGAGAGCAAGUCAUCAGGCUACAUUGGUGGAAAGCUUGAGACAUGGGCCGUUUCCAAGUUGCUCUCCAACGUGAGCAAGGGGGAGAAGUACAUAGAGGGGUUCUGCAGGCGGUGGCGGGAGAGGCAUAUGAUUUACUGCGAUCAAAGUGAUGAGCACUGGCAUCACUCGGGCAGUGGGCAUUUCGGUCCUUUCCACCAUACUGCCGACGAUGAUGUGUCGGGUUUGAUGACCCGCGAGGAUGAUGCGCUUGCGAACUGCAGGAAUCUUCUGUCGCAGAACCAGCGCAUUUCCAAGUAUCUGUACAAUAGAUUCAUGAAGUAAGGAGCCAAGGGCCAAGGGCUGCAGCAUCGAGGGCAUCAAGGGAUGAUGCAGACAUGUAAAUAACUUUCGUUUCACGCGAUCUCGACUUUGUAGAUUGGGAGUUUGUCGAAACUUCACGUCACAGCAAAUAAAACACAAUCAGAGCGUU